CUUUUGUUAAGCUUUUAAUCUUUUUAAAGUAACAACUGCAGUCUAAAAUCAUUAUCAGUUGGACCUUUGAUCUUCAUUCUCCAUCUUCCUCAGAUCUCUCUUUACUGAACAAAGGGUUUGAAGGUUCAUCUCUCACCCCAAUCAUGUACUCUCUGGGAAGAUUACAGCUUCAUCACCAGCCAUCCCACCUUCCCUUAACUCACACCUCUUCAUCCUUCUCGAAACAAUCCUCACUCUCAAUCCGACCAAACCCCUCUCUCAAAUACCCUUCUCUCAAAGCUUCUUCUUCUUCUUCCAAACCUCAAAACUUCAUCCUCAUCCCUCUCCCAAAGUCCGCACCUUUCCGCUUCCUCAAGUCCACAUGCAUCACUCUAACAACCGCCGCUGCUCUCCUCUCCCUUAAACCCCCGGCCAUCGCAGCUCCCCUCACGCCUCCGAACACCAUGGAAGAAAAAGAAAAAGCCCUCGAAGAGCAAUUAGCAGCUCACCCUCAUAACGUCGACACUCUCCGUUCUUUAAUGGAGGUAAAUUUCAGAUCUGGAGAGUUCACAGAAGCUAUAAAACUAACCGACCGUCUGAUAAAACUUGAACCGGACGAACCGAAGUGGCCGGUUCAGAAAGCCAAAUGCUUUCUAUACAGUGGAGAUACAGAAUCAGCUAAAACAGUGUACCAAGAGAUUCUAGCUAAAGACCCUCUUCGCCCUCACGGCUUGUGUAUGGCUUAUUCCGAUGAAGGUCUUGAUUGGAAAAAAGUAGAGUGUAGAAUCGAGGAAGCAAUGCUGAGUUGCGAAAAGGAGAAUAGGCACAAGGAGUAUCGUGGGUUUAAGCUUCUUAUGGCUCAAGGGAAACACAGUGAAGCGCUGAAGCUUUAUGAAGAGCUUGCGGAAGAAGAACCAGGAGAUUUCUGGCCUUAUUUCUGUCAAGGAGCUAUCUACACUUUGCUGAACAAGGAAGACAAAGCGGAGGAACAGUAUCUCAAGUUUAAGAAACUUGUGCCGGAGAAUUAUAAUUACAUAGAGGAUUUCUUGGUAAAUAAUCUGUUUGCAGGAGAGUUUUUCUCAGCAAUGGAGAGACGAUCAGGAGAGUUUAAUGGUGGAUUGGGUGGAGGAUCAGAGAGUUGAAAUGGUGGGAUUGUCUGUAAUGUUAUAGCAAAUCGUAUUGAAAUAAAAUAAUGCUUCAGGCC